AUGGACAUAACCCUCCUCAGUCCAAAAGGCACAUUCACAAACUUAUUUACUUCCCACCAGCAAAGCAAUGAUCAAGCAGGAGCAAUAGACAUGCAAAGCAAUAGCAAUAACAACAACAAUCAGCCACAAAAUAGCCAUACAUCAACAAGCCGGUCUUCGGAUUCCGGUGAGGCUUGUGGGGCAGGAAACAAAUGGGCAUCAAAGCUUCUUAGUGAGUGUGCAAGAGCAAUCUCAGAGAAGGACUCUAGCAAGAUCCAUCACCUACUAUGGAUGUUAAAUGAGCUUGCCUCUCCUUAUGGUGAUUGUGAUCAGAAAUUGGCAUCUUAUUUCUUGCAAGCUCUAUUUUGUAAGGCUACCGAAUCCGGCCAACGGUGCUUCAAAACCCUAACAACAGUAGCUGAAAAGAGCCACUCCUUUGAUUCAGCUAGGAAAUUGAUACUAAAAUUCCAAGAGGUAAGCCCAUGGACUACUUUUGGUCAUGUAGCUUCAAACGGUGCAAUCUUGGAGGCGUUAGAUGGGGAAAGCAAACUUCACAUAAUUGAUAUCAGCAAUACCCUUUGCACACAAUGGCCUACUUUGCUUGAAGCUUUAGCCACAAGAAAUGAUGAGACGCCGCAUUUAAAACUCACCGUUGUGGUAACUGCUAGCAUCGUAAGAUCAGUCAUGAAAGAAAUAGGCCAAAGAAUGGAGAAGUUUGCUAGGUUAAUGGGAGUACCCUUUGAGUUUAAUGUAAUUAGUGGGUUCAAUCAUUUAGGAGAGCUCACAAAGGAAGGACUAGGUGUUCAAGAAGAUGAAGCUAUCGCGAUUAAUUGCAUUGGGGCAUUGAGAAGAGUUGAAGUAGAGGAAAGAAAUUCUGUGAUCCAGAUGUUUCAAUCACUUAACCCUCGAGUUGUGACAAUUGUUGAGGAAGAAGCUGAUUUCACCAGCUCAAGAUAUGACUUUGUCAAGUGCUUUGAAGAGUGCCUUAGGUAUUAUACCCUAUAUUUUGAGAUGCUAGAGGAGAGCUUUGUCCCAACUAGUAAUGAGAGAUUGAUGUUGGAGAGGGAAUGUUCAAGGAACAUAGUUAGGGUUUUGGCUUGUGAUGAAGAAAAUGGUGGAGAAGAGUGUGAAAGAAGGGAGAGGGGAAGCCAAUGGUCUGAAAGGCUAAGGGAGGCAUUUUCCCCUGUUGGAUUCAGCGAUGAUGUUGUCGAUGAUGUCAAGGCAUUGCUUAAGAGAUACCAAGCUGGCUGGGCACUUGUUCUACCUCAGGGAGAUCAUGAAUCAGGAAUUUACUUAACAUGGAAAGAAGAACCUGUAGUAUGGGCUUCUGCAUGGAAACCCUAA